CCGGCCCGGCCCGGCCCCGCCGCGGCCCCCCGCCGCCCCCACCCCCGGGCGGCGCCUCCCGAGCCAGGAUGGACAGGAUGACGGAGGAUGCUCUGCGCCUCAACCUCCUGAAGCGGAGCCUGGACCAGGCGGAUGAUCGUGACGACGUCCUGGCCAAGAGGUUGAAAAUGGAGGGACACGAGGCCAUGGAGCGCCUGAAGAUGUUGGCACUGCUCAAGAGGAAAGAUCUCUCAGGCAUUGAGGUGCCCCACGAGCUCCCAGUGAAACAGGACGGGGUGAAAGUGUACGAGGAGAAGCUGAACGGGAGCCUGAGGCCGCACGGGGACGGCAGGACUGCAGGGAGGCCGGGCAAGGAGAACAUCAACGACGAGCCCGUGGAUAUGAGCGCCAGGAGGAGUGAGCAGGACAGAGGCCGACUGACCCCUUCUCCCGACAUCAUCGUGCUGUCGGAUAACGAGGCGUCCAGCCCCCGCUCCAGCUCCAGGAUGGAGGAGAGGCUCAAGGCAGCAAACCUGGAGAUGUUUAAGGGGAAGAGCAUAGAGGAGAGGCAGCAGCUGAUCAAGCAGCUCCGGGAUGAGCUGAGGCUGGAGGAGGCCAGGCUCGUCCUGCUGAAGAAACUGAGGCAAAGUCAGCUGCAAAAGGAGAACGUUGUACAGAAGACUCCAGUUGUCCAGAAUGCAGCAUCUAUUGUCCAGCCAUCUCCUGCUCACGUGGGACAGCAGGGACUGUCCAAGCUUCCCUCCAGGCCUGGAGCUCAGGGGGUUGAGCCUCAGAACUUAAGGACAUUACAGGGUCACAGUGUCAUUAGGUCUGCCACCAACACGACUCUGCCCCACAUGCUGAUGUCUCAGCGUGUGAUUGCUCCAAACCCUGCCCAGCUCCAGGGCCAGAGGGUUCCUCCCAAACCUGGUCUCAUCCGCACGACGACUCCGAGCAUGAACCCAGCCAUCAACUACCAACCGCAAUCCAGCUCUUCUGUUCCUUGCCAGCGGACGUCGUCUUCAGCCAUCUAUAUGAACCUUGCCUCUCACAUCCAGCCUGGCUCUGUGAACAGGGUCUCGUCUCCUCUCCCCAGCCCCAGUGCUCUCAACGAUGCUGCCAACUCCCAGGCAGCUGCCAAACUUGCCCUUCGCAAGCAGCUGGAGAAGACCCUGCUGGAGAUCCCUCCCCCGAAGCCGCCCGCUCCUCUGCUGCAUUUCCUGCCCAGCGCGGCCAACAGCGAGUUCAUCUACAUGGUGGGGCUGGAGGAGGUGGUGCAGAGUGUCAUUGACAGUCAAGGGAAGAGCUGCGUGUCCCUGCUGCGUGUGGAGCCCUUUGUGUGCGCCCAGUGCCGCACAGACUUCACCCCUCACUGGAAGCAGGAGAAGAACGGCAAGAUCCUGUGUGAGCAGUGCAUGACGUCCAACCAGAAGAAGGCUCUGAAGGCAGAACACACCAACCGGCUCAAGAACGCCUUUGUCAAAGCCUUGCAGCAGGAGCAGGAGAUCGAGCAGAGGCUCCAGCAGCAGGCAGCCCUGUCCCCCACCGCAGCCCCCGCCGUGUCCAGCGUCAGCAAACAGGAGAACAUCAUGCGGCACCACACGCUGCGGCAGGCCCCACAGCCCCAGAGCACUUUGCAGCGUGGCAUCCCCACCUCUGCCCGCUCCAUGCUCUCCAACUUCGCGCAGGCACCGCAGCUCUCGGUGGCGGGUGGUCUCCUGGGCAUGCCAGGUGUGAACAUCGCUUACCUGAACGCCGGCAUCGGGGGGCACAAAGCCUCGAGCCUGGCAGACCGGCAGCGCGAGUACCUCCUGGACAUGAUCCCGCCCCGCUCCAUAUCCCAGUCCAUCAGCGGGCAGAAAUAACGCCUGUUGCCCAUCCCCCUCCCUCCCUCCCCCCGCCCCUCCCCUCCCGUCGCAUGCAGUGCCUGUAGCGGUGCCUACGGGAAAGGAACGAGAGCACAGACGGAACUGAGACACCCGCAGGGAACAGGAACCAGGCAAAAGAAACACAAAGGGACAAAAAACCCCAGAGAAACACGAAUGGCAAACAGAACCCACAGCAAGGAGCCAGCCCCGGCCGCUGGGACACAGCCAGCCCCCCGGAACCUCCCCACGCGGCACCGUCCGUCCUGCGGCUCCCGGGCAGCCAGGGGCCGGGCACUGAUCCUGCCUGAGCUCAGCACCCCCGUGCUCACGCUGCUUUUCCUGCUCUUGGUUGUUUUUUUGGGGGGGUGGGGACGAUGAAGCCCAGACUUUCCACUCCCGCUGUGGGGGGGGUUCUGGUUGGGGUUUUUUGCCCCCUCCCUCCCUCACCUUCGGCUCUUGGUUGUUUUUAUUCCUCUCGUUUUUGUUGGCUGACUGGAUGGUUCAACCUCCCCCCUCAGCUCCUCUCCAGAGACUUUGCAAAGCACCCGCCUGGACUUUCAGUGACCUGCUUGUUGGUUUUUAAAGGGCAGCCAGUGCUGAUCCCUCCCCACCCCUGGGGCUGGAGCCCACCCCCCACCUUUAAACGCUCCAAACCCCUCCCUCAGCUCCACUAAAGAAGUCGGGAGACAACGCUCUGCAACAGCUCCAGCCCCAGCAGAGAGCUCCAGCCCCGGCAGACAGCUCCAGCCCCAGCAGAGAGCUCCAGCCCCAGCAGGCAGCUCCAGCCCCAGCAGACAGCUCCAGCCCCAGCAGAGAGCUCCAGCCCCGGCAGAGAGCUCCAGCCCCGGCAGAGAGCUCCAGCCCCGGCAGAGAGCUCCAGCCCCAGCAGACAGCUCCAGCCCCAGCAGACAGCUCCAGCCCCGGCAGAGAGCUCCAGCCCCGGCAGAGAGCUCCAGCCCCGGCAGACAGCUCCAGCCCCGGCAGAGAGCUCCAGCCCCGGCAGAGAGCUCCAGCCCCAGCAGACAGCUCCAGCCCCAGCAGAGAGCUCCAGCCCCGGCAGACAGCUCCAGCCCCAGCAGACAGCUCCAGCCCCAGCAGAGAGCUCCAGCCCCAGCAGGCAGCUCCAGCCCCAUCCAGUGGCCGUGGAGGCAGGGAGGGAGCCGGGUUGCUGAGGGACCCCCGGGCCUGGCCGCCCGCCCCCCGCUGCCUGCGGAGCCCCGGCCAGGGCUCGGCUCCCUCUGGAGCAGACGGAGAGCGACCCGAGGCUGUGGCGUGGUGAGUCCUCUCCUCUCUCUCUCUCCUGCGUUGCUCUGCGUGUCCCGGAGGCAGCUGCCCGGCGUUGGACAGCCGGCGCUGGCCCCGGGGGGCUCCGGCCGCGGCUGCAGCAGCCCAGAGCGAGGCAGAGGCGGGAGAGGCCGCCUGAGAACGCUGUUUUGCACUUAAACCUUCACACUAACGGGCUCUCCUUCCUCCUGCUCCUCCUCCUGCCCCCCAACAGCAGCAGCACUCACACCAGGCUGCUGGAGAGACCCCCAGCCCCGCCUGUCCCCCCUCCCUCAGCACCCAGCCUCCCCCCAUCCCCCCCAGCACCGUUCUGCUGCUCCCAGAGCUUUCCUCUCACUUUCUCUUUGGUUUUUCCCCCCAGUUCUUUCUCUUUCCAGAGGGUUUUUGACUCUUUCUCUUCCCUCCCCCCCAGCAACCCUUUUCUCGUGCAAUUCCGAGGUGCUGCCUCGGGCCCUGGGGAGCCCCUCGAUGGGUGAUGGGGGGGGGGUUGUCCAGGAAUAUCCCCCCCCCCCCCAUUUACUUGGGACAAGGCGCCUUCUCUCCCCAAAUCCCUCCCCUCAAUGAGCACUUAACCCCUGAGGGGCCUGAGCACCCCCCAACCCCCCCCAGGACCCUCCAGAGGCAAAAAAGACUAUUUUGGGGGGGGUUAAAUAUAUUGUUUUUGGAAGUUAGUGAAGUGUAGUGGUGUAGAUUUAUUUGAGGGGGGGUGGGGGGGGUUUGAUCUCCUUUAACUGUCUCCCCCCACCCCUCCCAGGGUGCUGCCACCCUUUCCAAAUCAUUUCUCUCCCAGUUUCCACGGGAGCUCUUUGCUUUUGGCUGACCCUGAAGUUUUGGGGGGUUCUUUGUUUGUGGGGAGGUGGGGGGGGGUGUUGAUUUUGUUGUGGGGAUUUCUUAAUCAGCUUCUAUACACAGCUUCUUCCCCCCCCUUUUCCCCAAACCCCCCUUUUUGUGCUCCCAAGCCCUCGCUCAAGUGCCAUUGAGCCCUGUCAGGUUGCUCCCGCGAGGGACGCGCCGACCUGCGCGUGGGCUGAGAUCCAAGCGACGGCUUUUUACACAGAAUGGGAUGAAAAGCAACAAAAAGAAAGAGGAAUAGUAAUGGAAAAUGUAUUAAAAAGACAAAAAAAACCCCAAAGCAAACACAAGGAAACAAUCCAAGUGCAAUACUUAACGCUGGGGCGUCCCCCAGCCCCAACCCCCCCCGAACCCGAAGGGGACGGAGCCGGCCCCGGGGAGCCGCUGGAGAACAGGAUCCUGCUCCAUGGUGCUACACGUGGGGGGGUGUUUUUAGGGGGAGGGGGGGUUUGUGUCAGGGCCCUGGGGUCUGCAGGCAGUUUCCUCCCACCCCCCAAACCCCAAAAUGCCCCCCCUCCUCCCCAAGCUCUCGCCCACGCGCCCCCCUGUCCCCAGGCUGCUGAGGAGGGGGAGUGGGAACAUCCAACACUUUGCUCCUUAAUUAUGCUUUGGUUUUUGAGCUUGAGCCCCCUCCCCACAGCCCCCCACAGCCCCCCACAGCCCCCAGGGACGUGACAGCCCGGACACAAGCCCUCCCUUUCCCUUCUUGGGGUUUAUUUCUCCUUCUCCCCUCUCCAGGUUCCAGCCCUGAGCGUUUCUUCCCCUCCCACCCGCGUUUCUUUGCCAGCUUAGGGGUAGAUGAACCGGCUUGUGAAAAUGCUUCUCAUUGGGGUUCUUUCUUGGUUUCUUUUUUAAAGGGGAAGGGGUGGGCUGGGGGGGUGUGGGGUUUGUUUGAUUUUUGGUUCCUCCAAAGGCAUCACCUGUCCCUCCUCUGACCUCCCCCCUCUCCUCCUCCUCCCUCUGCCCUUUUCAUUAGCUUAUGGUAUUGCUGCCGAAAUGUUCUAACAAGGACUCGUUGGUGUAAAUAAGCUAUUUCUUGACACAUUAAAAAAGAGGAAAAAACCGAAAAAAGGCAAAAAAAAACCUUAAAAAAAGGGAAAAAAACAAAAACCUCCCGAGGUGGAAAAAAACAACAACAACCACAAAAAAACCCGACAGGAAUCUUGUACAUUGUGUAGAGGAAAAAAAACCCACACACAGAAAAGAGGGAAAAACAACAUCACACCGAACCCCACCGAGCAAACGGGCACGAAAGUGAGCCCAAGCCCCAGCCGAAGCGACCCCGGCCCAGCCCCCGCCUCGCCGUGGCUGUUGUGGAACGUCCCGUCGCGUCCUUCUCGUUGUGUGACCUCGUGUGUCUGACAUGAACCGUGCAAAACAUAGAACCGGGGCGGGGGGCCGGCGGCUCGGCUCGGGGG